AUGGAUGAACUUCCAACCACUACAUUGAAUUGUGUAUCGAAAAGAAUAUUUGAGACAAUAGUUAUUGUCAAGUCUCGGAUCUUGUCACAACCCCCAAAGCUGCGUGCCACAUUCUCGUUUUUAGAGGCACUUUGUAUUCCUACUAUUGCUGUGAUUGAAGGAGCAGCAUUGGGCGGUGGACUUGAAAUGGCUUUAUCAUGCGAUCUCCGGAUAUGUGGAGAAGAAGCAGUGAUGGGCUUGCCAGAAACAGGACUUGCUAUAAUUCCGGGGGCAGGUGGAACACAGCGACUUCCUAGAAUUGUGGGAAAAGCAUUAGCAAAGGAACUCAUAUUCACUGGCAGGAAGAUUGGUGGCAGAGAAGCAAUGUCGAUUGGUCUGGUAAAUUACUGUGUUCCUGAUGGUGAAGCUCAUCUAAAGGCACUUGAAAUUGCUCGCAAUAUAAAUGAGAAGGGUCCCAUAGCACUAAGGAUGGCAAAAAAAGCUAUUGACGAGGGACUGGAGGUGCAUAAAACCUCAUCUUUGGCACUAGAAGAAGAAUGCUAUGAACAAACCUUGAACACAAACGAUCGCUUGGAAGCCCUAGCAGCAUUUGCUGAGAAGCGCAAGCCAAGGUAUACCGGAGAUUAAGAUGAUAAAAUUGCAGUAAAUCUGUCUUGGAUGAGUUUAUUUGCGUUAUGGAAAUAAAGUUACUUGUCAGCAAUGAGAAAAUGACUGGUUCGUAGAGGCCCUAAUUUUAUAUGUGAUCAUAAUUUACCCUUAUCUCUAUAUUUGAAUGAAUUUAGAGGUCGAUGAAAUGUUUUUCAUGGGUUCAUGAGAAAUUACUUGCAUACGGAAUUAUCGAACAUGUUUAUUAAGGAGUCAAUUAAAUUCACUCUUCAAGUC